AUGACAAAACAUAUAAAUAUACCUGCAAGAUUAGUGUUAGAACAUAUCCACUUAAAGAUCUGCAUCGAUACCUUUUCAGAAGAUGGCUACUCCAAUUUCUAUGGACAGGUAGAUUUGCAUAAUGCUAACGGAAAACCUAAACUUGUCACCCAAUUAUCGCAGAGAUUGAAAGUAACAACCAACCGCUUUGAGGGAAACAAUGGACUCUAUGUUCACAUUAACUCUAGGGAAAAAUCGAUAAGCAUCUCAUGGGAAGAAUACGAAGACAUUUGCAGCCUCAAGACCGACCUGCAAGGAAAGCUUCAUUUGCUGCCUCAGAUUCCGGGUCAAAUCAACUACCAGACACAAAGCCAACCUCAACAACAAGUUCCGUUUCAACAAGCCAUGCCAGCUCAAACCCUCCAGCAGGUUCCGCUUCAACAAGACGUGUCAAUUCAACCUCGCCAAGCUCAACAACAGGCAUAUAUUCAAAUUUUCUCAACCUUCAAACAUUUGGGAAGAUUUUGCAUGAGUGAAGAUGCCAUAUCGUGUAUUCUUCCGAUUGAACAAUGAACUUGUCGAUAUACCCGAAGGACAAUGAAUAAAAUCUAUUAUUGAUUUUAAAGUAAGUUUCAUAUUCUGCUGGGCCG